AUGAACUUAAGCUUCUUCGAUCAAUUUAUGAGCCCUACACUCUUAGGAGUUCCUUUAAUCGCCAUUGCCAUGCUAAUCCCCUGACUCCUCUUCCCUAAUCCCUCUAACCGAUGACUAAACAACCGACUAAUAACUCUCCAAUCUUGAUUUAUUCACAACUUCACAAAACAAAUCUUCCUCCCUAUUAACACCCCGGGUCACAAAUGAGCUCUUAUUCUAGCCUCCCUAAUACUUCUCCUUAUAUCCCUCAACCUUCUCGGACUUCUCCCCUACACCUUUACCCCAACGACCCAACUCUCCCUUAACAUAGGCCUAGCUGUUCCCCUCUGAUUAGCCACAGUCAUUAUUGGUCUCCGCAACCAACCAACUGUAGCCCUAGGCCACCUUUUACCCGAAGGGACCCCCACCCCUCUUAUCCCAGUUCUUAUUAUUAUCGAAACCAUUAGUCUUUUCAUCCGACCACUAGCCCUCGGAGUGCGGCUUACUGCUAAUCUAACUGCUGGCCACCUUCUCAUCCAGCUAAUCGCAACCGCAGCAUUCGUCUUACUUCCAAUUAUACCCACUGUGUCUAUCCUAACAUCAAUUGUUCUGUUCCUAUUAACCCUCCUAGAAGUAGCCGUAGCUAUAAUCCAAGCCUACGUAUUUGUUUUACUUCUAAGCCUAUACCUACAAGAAAACGUUUA